AUGACUUCGUUUCCAGGAUCAUUACCAAGCUCUAUAAUAUCCAAUGGUACGGCUACGUCCGAACGCUCAGAGAGGAAAAGGCGUGACAAUAUUAAUGAUAGGAUCCAGGAGCUGCUAAGCAUGAUCCCAGAGGAGUUUUUCCAAGAGUACUAUCAAAAGAAGAAAGAUCUAGAAUCUGAAGACGGUACACCAACUGGUACUGGAGGUACAAAUAUCGGUAAAAACAAAGGAACCGGUACCAGGGACGGAAAGCCUAACAAAGGCCAGAUUUUAACGCAAGCUGUAGAAUAUGUUACGUAUCUACAGAAUCAGGUCGACUUGAGGAACCGAGAGGAAGUUGAACUUAUCUUAAAGGUGAAGGACUUGAGCAAACAAACAGGUAGCAUUGUCAACGACGUCAAUUUAGAAAACACAAGCGCAGAAAUAGCCUUGGCGAAGAUAGGCGUAGGGCCUCUGGCAGGUAUACUAGAAGAGUAUUAUGGUUCGACUUCCAGCACAGGAACUAGCAAUGAUAAGCAGCAUGAAAGAAACAACAACUUUGAAUACGGUGGAUACUCCGAAUACGGAGACAUAGGCUAA